CCAGGUCUCCGGGUGGGCUUAGUUGUACUCCAGGAAUGUGCUCGCAGGCCAGAGAACAGUGGGGAUUUAUCCACGGUGUCAGACCCCAUCCGACCUGUUGACUCGCAGCCCACUGAACGAGAUGACGACGGUCCGGCACGGGUGCCAACUGGGCAUCGCCGCCUCGGUUCUGGUGCUGGAACUGAUCACGGGUCAGCUGUGCCGGUCCUUCGUCUUGCUGGUGGACGGCUUCCACACGUUCUUUGUCCUCAGUCACAUGACCCUCCCUCGCCCCUCAAGCUCACCGAGUCCCUCGGGUUCGAGCGACCCCGCCAAGCCCACGUGGUGUGGGGCGUCCCACCCUGACUGCAGGAGGCGCCCGCUGGGGGUCUUCGUCUCGGCCCUGCUGCUCUUCUCUCUGUGUGUGUCGUGCCUGUUGGAAAUGAUCGCUUCGUCCGUGGAGAUGCACGCGGUGGUGCGGCCCUGGCUGCUGGUGGCGGUGGGCGGGGUCAGCCUGCUCUGCAAGGUCACGGCGCUCGGGAUGACCCGGGGGUCAAAGGCGGCCGGGGCGGGGGUCCCGGCUAGAGGGGACGUGGAGUGUUUCAUUGAAAUCAACCACAAAGCCGUGUCUCAGGGGGCAUCCGGAGUCGUGGGCGAGGCCGAGCGAGGCCCGCGUGAAGCCAGCGGAGCUCAGCACGGGACGGCGGUGCACUCCCUCCACAACGGGGGUCUCGUCUUCUGCAACCCGGCGACCUCGGAAGGAGGAGGCGGUGAUGCGCAGGAGUCGGUGGAGGAACCCAAGCCGGCCAGAGAAGAGCUAAACGUCAACGGGAAGUCUCGGACACUGUGUCCCGCUUCCGUGGUGGUGGCGGUGCAGGGGUUGUCCACAUCAGUUCUGGUCCUGGUCACCGGUCUGGUGCUGCUGCUGGUGGACCCUCAUUACCGGUAUUCCCCAGGACUCUGCAGCCUCCUGGUGUACCUGGAUCCGAGCUUGGCCAUCUUGGCUGUCAUCAUCCUGGUGGUCCGAGCUGUGCCGCAGAUGCACAGGUACGGGCUGCUGCUGAUGCAGGCCACGCCCCCUCACGUGAGCCUGUCGGACUUGAGGGAGAGGAUCGGGAGCGUGCCCGGAGUGGAGGAGGUCCACGAGCUCCACAUCUGGGAGUUGUCCGAUUCCCUCGUGGUUGCCUCGGUCCACGUGCUGUGUCAGGCUGCCUUUCCCUUACACAGGUGUGCCGAUCUGAUGUCGGGGAUCACUAAUGUGCUGCAGAGUGUCGGGGCGAGCUGCUGCACGGUGCAGCCCGAGUUUGCGCCCCCCUGUGCCCUCCCCGGGGCUCCGGCCAGCCCGUCGGCAGCGCCCGCCUGCAGAUUGGCCUGUCCGAAGCUUUGCGAUGCCCACGUGUGCUGCCCUCAGCCGCGGGACCUCGUCAUGGAAACGUUGUGAUGCUCACGGAACUACAAACCCUCAUUCCCACGAAGUUGGGACAUGUUGUAAAAUGUACGCAGGGAUAGAAUACAAUGAUUUGCAAAUCGUUUUCAGCCAAUUCAAUACAGUGAAUUGAACAGAAUUUAAUGUUGACACGGAUACAUUUUUUUUUCAAAGUAAGAGAAUAUUUGCAAACAAAAAACAAUAACAUUCACCAGUUUGAACGUUACUAUAC